CAUAUGAGUGUUCACGUAGGUGCGAACAGCCUUCAAAAUCUCUUUCAACGCGAAUAACCCGAAUCGAGUGCUGCUGAACUUCAUCCUUUUAUCAAAAUGAGUUUGAAUGGUUGCUGUGGUGUUGUUAAAUACAUAGUGAUAUUAGUGAAUCUGCUUUUUUGGAUUAUUGGAUUUGCUAUAGUAUUACUUUCAAUAUGGAUGCUAAUCGAUCCAACUUUUUUGAUUUCUAUGACACAAAAUGAAAACAAUUAUUUCAUUGGCCUCUACAUCCUACUAGUAGUAGGUGUAUUAAUGUUAACUGUGGCUUUUCUCGGAUGUUGUGGUGCAAUUAGAGAAUCAGAAUGCAUGCUUUUUUCAUUUUUCAGCUGUUUGCUUAUUGUGCUUGUAGCAGAGACUACGGCCGGCGUAUGGGCGUAUCGAAAUUCCACAAAAUUGGAUAACUAUGUUCGUACUGCUGUUAAAGACGCUGUUCAAGAUGAAUACUCAAUGGUUGCUACAAGAACAGCCACAUUGGACUCAAUACAAAAAUACUUCCAUUGCUGUGGUGCAGAAGGCCCAAACGAUUGGCAAAGUAGUGUUUAUAACAAUGCUGAUCGUUCAUCUUUUAUAAAUAUUGCAAUUUCAAAGUUGAAUGUCAUCUAUAAGGUUCCAGAGUCGUGCUGCGUUGAAGAACUAUCUCCGGAGGAAUGUAACUCUGUUCGUAGCAAAGGAUUGAUCACAUCAAUUGCCACUCCUGUAAUUUAUACCGAUGGUUGCAUGGAAAAACUUGUUAAGGAAAUAAAGAAAAACAUUAAACUGGUGUACACUGUUGGCGCUGCAGUUAUAAGCAUUGAAAUACUCGCAUUGAUGUUAGCUCUGUUCAUGUGUUGUGCUAUACGAAGAAACAACAACUAUAAAAACUGAAAUAAUCAUAUGUACGCAUUCGAAAAAUUGUAUUAAAUUAUGUAACUAAGAAUCGGGUUUGAAGUUAACGGAGCAAUAGUAAUUAUAAAUUAGUUGAUUCUAAUUGUUGGAUCUACGCAAUUCGAAAUACGGUCAGAAUAUUUUGAGCUCUCUUUUAUUCGAUUGAACAGAAGUCAGUUUUUCAAUUUAUAAAGUAUAUUCAUUAUUACUAUAUACUAUUAUAUUGUAUUAUAUAGAAUUUUGCACAAUCAUGAUACAAGCUGCGAAUGGGUGUAGCUUCAUGAAGCCAAAUGGGACUUAGUAGUAUUGAUACGCGUGAAACUAAUUAUAACAUAUGUGAGGUAUCGGCUUUAUUAUCGUCAGGUUUGUCCUAUCAUGUCCUAAAUCUAUUACUUCUUACGAGAUGGUUCUUCAUACUAAAGAGCAUCUUAUUGUAAAAGAUUAGAUCUCUAUGACUUCAUUAACCCCCAGGACGAUAAUAGGACAAACCUGACGGCAAUAAAGCCGAUAAACUAUUUAAAACAAUUAACAAAUCAAUAUAUUUACAUGCCAUGAUGUUUUGUUAUUAAGAUCAUUUUGUCAGUGUGAAUUAGAAUGUAAGUUAUACACCCAGAUUACUACAAACAUUUACAAAUAUAAUAGGGGUCUCCACGUCGAGCUUGUAUACAAAUACCCUACCGUAAACUGUGUAUCUUCCAUUACUCGUCAAUCGAGGUGUUUUUACAGCUGGGUAUUGGUAUACGAGCUUGACAGGAAUACCCAUCAUAUAAUUCAAA